UAGGUUUGGUUUAGGCGUAGGCGGGGCAGUUUUCUUGAACUGUGAGAACGACAAGAAAUUUUAUUUACCUGUAGGGCAUUGUGAUUUUUGCUUUUUAUUAGAAACGUUAAAAUAAUUGAUGAUAAAUUUAAUACGAAAAGAAAUUGUCAAUUCAAUUCGAAGAACAUCCGUCAUUGGCUGUUGAUGACCCGCGACAUGCUAAGGUCAUGGCCGGUCUACAAAAACUUGAGCUGGAGAGGCUGCAUUCAGGAAAUCACGAAAUAGAAAUCUGCGAGAUAGAGAGCGAGCAGGACCUACUCAGCCACCAGCAAGGCUGCCUCAAAAACCCGGGCCACGCCCACUUCAUCGCCGUCAACGACUUCACCAUCCACCACCUGCCCGACCACUACCACGACAAGGACUUCUACCAGCUCAUCAAGAUCCUCGCUUUCUUGACCGUCCGCGUUGCCGUGGCCACGGUCAGCCCGCACCGGCCCCAGUUCUUCCACGGGACGGAUAUCCCGUAUCUGUUCCACGGCCGGGGCGGCACCCAGGGGUGGGUGAGGUACGGGACUGGUCGAGUGUGGGAUGUGGAGAGCUAUCAGAAGACGACGACCAGACCUGUCCAUGCUCCCUGUGUCGCCACUCGAUGACGUCACGAAAAUCGUGGGGCAAAGUUCACGUGGACACGGCCGCGCACGUCGUGUUCGACGCGGCCGAGGCCAAGGCCACCACGUGCCGCUGGGGCUACGACGCCGACGACAGCCCCGUCGUGAACCUGGAGGGGGUGGGCGUGACGGAAGUGAACGCCGAGAGAGACACCUGCCGGGUGACCUGCAUCACCCACGACCUCCAGCUGGUGGAGAAAUUAAAAGACAUGGUUCAAGAGUAUGAUAGAUUCUUCUGGGACGUGACGAAUAAAUACGAGCCUCGUCCAGAAAACAAUCAAAUUGUUGUCGUGUCUCAUCCCCAUGGUUGCAGUAAACAAAUUUCUUUAGGGAAAUUCACGCGCAGGAAUGAACUUCCGGACAAGCGCACGAGCUAUAUCUACACCGCGGCUACCUGCCCGGGAAGUAGCGGGGCGGCGGUUUUUGUUGUAGGGCGCGAAGGGUGGGAGUGGUACACUCAUUCCCACUGUGGGGCUAAUAGUGAUGGGAAUCAUAGUGGGUACCGGUGGUUCUAAAAGUGUUGAGUGAUGAAUCCAUGAAAACAGAGGGGCAGCCAUUGAUAUGAAUUACAGUGACUGUCGGUGGUUCUAAAAGUGUGAAUAAUAUACCCAUGAUCACCAUGAGGCAAUGGGGAUCACAGUGGCUGUUGGUGGUUCUAAAAGUGUGAAUGAUAACCCCAUGAACACCAUGAGGCAAUGGAGAGCGCAGUGGCUAUGGGUGCUUCUAAAAGUGUAGAUGAUGUUCCCAUAAACACAGCUGGGCAGCCAUUGAUAGGAAUUACAGUGGCUGUCAGUGGUUCUAAACGUGUGAAUGAUGGAACCCAGAAGCACAGCAGGACAGCCAUUAUUGAGAAUCACAGUGGUUGUCGAUGUGAAUCGUGUGAAAGGCGCAAAACCAACCUUUCUCGGGCUAAAAGUGAUAGAAAUCAGUGGCUAUCGAUGGUUCUAAAAUUGUUAACAAUACACCUAUUUACAAAGUAGGACACUUGGUGUCACCCAUAAGAACAGCAACUUUAGACACAGCCUUGUGGCGAUACUGGGUCGAAUUGUAUUUUUGAAACCAAUUUUUGGAGGGUUUCUUUUUCAACUCAUUGAGCUUAUUGAUGUUUACAUAUUUUUUAUUAUUAACACGUUUUUCUUAACUCAGCUUCGCGUUUGUUUGUUUGUUUGGAUGUUUGUUGUUAAAAUUGACAUCGAAAAUUAGCCCACUUCUGAUUGCUCUAGAGAUCUGAAAUUUGGCAUGUAGGCUACUUUCGCCUAACAAUUUCAGAUGCAAUCAUAAAAACUAGCAAUUAGAGACCGUAAUUAGCUUAAUUUAAUUACGCCCCAAGGACCAUAAAAUUGAGGACAUGAUUUCUAAAGAUACCGACAAGACUGGAGGCCUAUUGACACAGUUACUUCGGCCCCAAUCGAUGUGAGCGCGCUGGCCGUGAUCGUAUAGCGGUUAGUACUUCGCGUUGUGGCCGCGACAACCCAGGUUCGAAUCCUGGUCGCUCAAGAUUUUUAGUCCGUGUAUUUAUAAACACUUAGUCAAGUCAUACUUAAUCAAGUCAUUAGAUAAAGUAGAAAAUAAACUAUAUAAAUUUUUUUUAAAAAACCACGUUUUUCAUGUGUAGCAACGGACUAAAAAGGAGAAAA